GAGAGGUGCGGGGAGAGGGAAAAAGAAUCCCUCCGUUUGGGGGAAAAGGAAUUGCCCCGUUACGGGAGGAGGAGGAGGAGGAGGAGGAGGAGGGGGAAAAUGGGGAAGAAGGGGCAAGGAGGGCGGGAAUUCGAGUUCUGCGGCGUCUGCAGGAUGAACCACAACGACGGCCGACAGCACGUCUACUUUCCGAGGCACAAGCGCGCUCUCUCCGACCUCCUCUCCCGGUUUCUCUCCAAGUUCUCUGAAGUACGGUUCUUCCUCAGAAACCCUAGCUUCCUCCGCUGCGAUGACGCUGGAAGGAACCGAUUCUGGUGUGCCGUCUGCGAAGAAGAUGUCGACGAGGUCGAUAGCGAGUUCGCCUGUUGCAAUGCGAUCAAUCAUCUGGCCGGAUCAGAACAUUUAGUUUCGUUGAAGUCCUUCUUGUGGAAACACGGAGCGGGACAAGAUCGGGUGGAUAAAUUUAGGGUUUCGGAGGAGGAAUUUUCUAAGUGGGAAAAUCGGUGUAGGUCGAUGAAGAUGGGGCAGUCGUCGUCGAAUGCCAGCAACAUUGGCCCUUCUAACAAUAUCCACAAUGGAAUUAGUUGUUUGGAUAGGAAGAGCUAUGAGAACGAUUCAGAACAUCGCCUUGAAAUUGGCGCAACGGUGCCAUCGGGUAGUGGCAGUUUGGCUCCUCCAAACAAUAUCCUCAAUGGCGCUAAUAGUUUAGAUAUGCUUACUUUUCAAAAACCUGUGAAUCACUCUUUUGAAUCUGGUAAUCUUUGUGAUGGUGUUCUGCCUUUACAACGUUUCACGCAUGAGAGCUAUCAGAUACGUUAUCAAAUGGGUAGAGAUGGUACGGAUGGUUUUGGUAGCGCCGGCCAACAAAUGAUUGGUUUGAAGCCUUUCCUUCCUCAUAUGGCUAAGACUCUCUCCUUAGUUCAUGUUUGCAGGUUUAGUCAUCUUUAUGAAGCGUUCGUUCUAGUUAGUUAUUUAAUCAAAUUGAUGCUUGCAGCUUAUAUGAACAGUCAACGUAAUCGAGAAGGCCUGGGCUUUUCAUCUGAAAAAAUGGUUAAUAAAAUGAAUGGUGGAAAUGAUGGUGGUUUGGAAUUGUAUUCUGUAUAUGGUGUCAAACAAGGAGUUGUUGAUGGAAACAGUGACUUCAUGGCACUGGAGAAUUUGACCCGUCUUCCUUGCGUCCCUGGCGAUCAAAUGUUGAAUGUACACUCAGGUGCUCCUCCACCUUGGUUACGUACAAAUGAAGAUAUUCAGACAACUUGUAAUCCCAGAGAAACAGGUGGCAACACUACUCGAUCAAGUAAGACAGUGAGGUCCCAAAAGCGGAGGAAGCCCGAGAGGGUUGGAGCAGCAUGGGCAGAAAGAAGAAAAGCUGAGCUUGAGAAAGAAAAGAGAGGGGAGGUUGUGAACAGUCAUUUGGAAGCCGAUUGGCUUCCAAAUUUUGGAAGGGUUUGGCAAUCAGGUUCAAGGAAAGAAUCAAGAAGGGAGUUUGAGAAUGAGAGAAGAAAGGUGUUGAAAACUGAAAAUGUUUCUUCAGAUGCUCCUGUAAUGUCCUUCAAGUUACAGCCAUAUAUAAGCAAAAGAAUGCGACAAGAUGCAGAAAGUUGUGGAGUAUCCACUACUGAUUAAGACCGUGAUGGGAAGUUUCCAGAUCCUCGAAAAGUGUUAGGUUCUUUUCCUCCUUUUGGCUACGUGGAUGUCGUUUCAAGUAGACUACCAGAAUCAUCUCUAUAGCAACUUUGUCAAUCUCGUCCAUGUAAAUAUUUGUAGUAUACUCUGAUUCUUGAACCACCCAGUCCCAAGAUCAAAACCAGGAAACUGGCAGCCUUUUUUUGUUUGGGCAAAUCCUGGAAGAGGCUUUUGAAAGUUACCAUCAAACUGGAGUUGGGUAAGGGCCGGAGACAAUUUCUCGAUAAUAGUAGAUGCAGCCAUGCAGGUGUUCAUGUCUUUUGCGUCCUCACCAGCUUUCUUCCUGUUAUUUGAAUUUUGUUGCUUAACUUCAGAGCGAAUUUACAACAUUGAACAGUA